UGUAUGUAUUAUCACCAUCCAACUCCUAGGAUAUCAUGAUUCCCUAUUCGAUCCCAUACCAGCACCACCCAAGUUGACAAGGCAAGAUACCGCCUCUGUCAAAAGCUCAUGGCCAACAACCGCGUCCCCAUCAAUUACCAAACGCCUCCGUUCCCAUCGCUCUACGAUCCCUUCCCCCGGCGCAAUGGCGUCGCUUAUUAUCUCUACUACACGCGCGACAUCUGGCGCUUCACACUCUACUGGACCUUGAUUUUCUACGCAGCCAGCCACCUAUUGGUCGCCGCCUGUGCGCUAUUGACGCAAGGCCGGAAUUGGCGGAUCUGCCUGGCUGUUCCGAUCAUCUAUGUUGCCAUCGCAGGCUUAGAGGCGCUGAUGGCCGGGAGCAUAAUCGGCCUUGUUAUAGGAAGUGUCUACGAAGCUGGCAACUUUCGAAUGUCGACCUGGAUACCCAUCAUCUGGGGUGGAAUUAAUGUUUUAGUCUUAAUCCUGUCUAGCUUCCCUAUGCAAGGGGGUCUAUGAACACUGUGCAACAAUCGGCAGACGAUCACAACCUUAUCGCAACCCGUCCGUUCUUCAUGGAAUAAACCAAGCACAGCUGGUGUCUGUACUAUUGUAUAGACCUAAUAACCUUAUAAUAUCCGAGUUAUAAUACAUCCA